UAGCAGGGCAGACAUUUCCUGAAACGGUGUUCACUUUAUGCUCAGUGCAUAUGUGGCGAUUGGGGUCACCUCAUCAGAAAGAGGAACUUCUACUGCAUAGUGCGGCAGCCGCGGAGACAAUGACAUCGGGAAACUGCAGUUGAUUGGGGGGGAAUUUAGAGCUUGGAUCAGUUCUUCGGAUAUUUAAGUCUUCUAUGACACAGAUGAGCCAGUGCGUGACUGAGCUGGCCUGAAGAGGGUGCUCCGAAGCUGGAUGCUGAGGCAGUACGGUCUGUGUGGGUGGUUUUAGUGCGACGCUGAAGGCAAGAUGCAGCGCGGUGAGCAGGAGGAAAAGGAGGACUUCAAAGCCCUGAGGGCUAAGUUUCACGCCAAGGCCGAGAUGUCGGACACAGGGGGAGGCCCCAGGCCCCAGCAGCCACCGGUGGUGGGAAGACUAGGACCCUCGGUCUUCCCUUCGCCCUUGAACGAAGCGCUGAAGCUCCGCAUAGCGCCAGCUCCCCGCCUUCCCAGGAACUCCUUGGGCGCGCAGGACCCUGCGCCCACCCCGCCGGCUGGCGUCUUCCCUCGCCCCCCCCCCGGGAGGGGCCCUUUCGCCCCCGAGCCCAAGCCCCCGGCCGAGCCCCCGGCGCCCGAGGGCUGCCCGGUGCGGUCGCGGGCCGAGGAGCUGCGGCAGAACUUCAUGGUCAAGCAGCAGGCGACGCAGGAGGAGCCCAGGGAGCCCCCCCGCGCCCCCGUCGCCCUCACCCCGCCCCUGCGCAGCCAGAGGAGCGCCUCGGAGAUCGCGGCCCCCCUGAGGCGGCCGCUGCCCUCCGAAAAGACCCUGGGACCCCGACCGGUCAAACCCAAGCGCCCCCCCACGGUCAGCCUGGAGGCAUUCAGGAAGACGGGCCUCUCGUGUCCAUCGCCUGCGAGAGCACCGUACGGGAGGAGCAACGGUGGUAACCCUCCCCUGCCGGGCUUGGCCUCUUCCACAACUCCACCACGAAUCCCACUGAAGCUCAGUGCCUCGGUCCAUCAGCAGUCCAUCCCGCUGCAGGAAGAGGAACAGGACACGUACGAUGACGUGGACAUCCUCCCGCCCCCACCUCCGCCUCCCCCCAAAUUCAGAGAGGAUUCCUUGAACGACCACAGCUCCAUUCAAGGUGACGAGGACAGUGAUGGCAGCGAAGUUUAUGAGCAGGUUGACAACCACGAGAGCACUCCCAGACACCACAACGACAAGAAGCGUCAGAAGGAGCUGAAGCGGCAGCAGGAGCUGGACAGGAAGGAGAUGAAAGAGAAGCAGAAAAAGGAGAGUGAGAUCAGAAAGAAAUUCAAGCUGACGGGGCCGAUCGAGGUUCUCCACGCGGCGAAGGCGCGGCACGACUGGCGCGGCACCAAGAACGACCUCUGUGUGCGGCAGGGCGACAGCCUCGAGAUCAUCCGCGUCAAGAACAACCCGGAGGGCAAGUGGCUGGCCCGCACCCCGAAGGGCGCCUACGGUUACAUCAGCAACACAUGUGUAGACGUGGACUAUGAGGAGGUGAAGCGGAAAAUCCGGAGCCAAACGCUGGAGUCUUCCCCCGGCCCCACGGUCAUCGACGAGGACUUCUACGAUGACGUUGGCUCCUCUGACCAGAUGAACAGCAGCAGGAACACAGACAAUGGUAGGUGACCUUUUCAAAUUGAUUUCAAGACUCACCACAAAACAACACCCUUGUAUUUGAAGUUAUUUGGUCCAAACGUGACCAGGAAGAUUAAGUCACAAGACAAGUGUAGCUCACUUGCAAGUGACUUAAAAUUG